ACACCGUAGCGUCGCGCGGUCACGUUUUUUUUUGCUGUCACGAGCCUUAUCCGACCGUGAGUGGAAGCUGGUGAAUUACUACGGACAGCACAUUCCGGGCAACAUUUAGCAGGAGACAGACAGGCAGGGCCGCAGAUUUCUGUCGUUUCUUGGCAAGUCAAACCCCGCCGAGGUCCUCCGGUCAGCUGGCGAUGUUCUGCUGGAUCUGAAUGAUUGGCUAGCCAGCUAGCUAGCUGUGGAGCUAGCUUAACGGUCCGCGCGAGUCGAAGAAACUUAACACAAUUUUCCAGUUGACAUUCAUGCCAACACGUUUGUCUGCUUUCAUCUCGAAGACAUCCGACUGGUAGACGUGUUUAACCUCGACGACUGGUUCCCGUAUGUGUUGCGCGUGGCUUUGUAGUCCGAGCGAGGUGAGGUUUGAAUGAAAUAACGUUAGCUUAUCAUAGCCAGCGGAAACGAGCCAGCUAACAGGGAUAACGUUAACUUAUCCUGCUACUGGACGCUUCCUCUCCGUCCAGGGAAUCUAGCAAAUGCUGCUUGGACUAGCCCCCCUCAAGCAUAGAGUCUGUAGUUGGACAGGGGUCGUUUGCAAAGUUGCGAGGGGCGACUGGACGUGGGAAUUAGCUCGCUCCUUCUGAACGUCAAGUUGGCCAUCUUCCACUCCGCUCCAGCCCAGUGUUAAAGGCUGUCCAGCAUCGGCUUGUUUUUUUCCAGAGAAGGCCGGAGUGAGGACAGGAAUCUGCGAAAAUGCCGGCUGUGUCGAAGGGAGAUGGAAUGCGCGGAUUAGCUGUUUUCAUCUCGGACAUCAGAAACUGUAAGAGCAAGGAGGCUGAAAUCAAACGGAUAAAUAAGGAGCUGGCCAACAUCCGCUCCAAGUUCAAAGGCGACAAGGCUCUGGAUGGUUACAGCAAGAAGAAAUACGUCUGCAAGCUUCUCUUCAUCUUCCUGCUUGGCCAUGACAUCGACUUUGGACACAUGGAGGCGGUCAACCUGCUUAGCUCCAACAAGUACACAGAGAAACAGAUCGGCUACCUGUUCAUCUCCGUGUUGGUGAACAGCAACAGUGAGCUGAUCCGUCUGAUCAACAAUGCCAUCAAGAACGACCUGUCCAGCCGCAACCCUACCUUCAUGUGCCUGGCGCUUCACUGCAUCGCCAACGUGGGCAGCCGGGAGAUGGCCGAGGCCUUCGCCAGUGAGAUCCCGCGCAUCUUGGUGGCUGGGGAUACGAUGGACAGCGUGAAGCAGUCGGCUGCCUUGUGUUUGCUGCGCCUCUAUAAGACUUCUCCUGACUUGGUGCUGAUGGGGGAAUGGACUUCACGUGUGGUGCACCUGCUCAAUGACCAGCACAUGGGCGUUGUGACAGCAGCCAUCUCUCUCAUCACCUGUCUGAGCCAGAAGAAUCCAGAUGAGUUCAAGACGUGUGUAUCUCUGGCCGUGUCUCGACUCAGCCGGAUUGUUUCUUCAGCUUCAACUGAUCUACAGGAUUACACCUAUUAUUUUGUGCCUGCACCUUGGCUUUCCUGCAAACUGCUGCGUUUGCUGCAGUGUUACCCUCCACCAGAAGAUGGCGCAGUCAAAGGCCGGCUGGUGGAGUGUCUGGAAACCAUCCUGAAUAAGGCCCAGGAGCCGCCCAAAUCCAAGAAGGUGCAGCAUUCCAACGCAAAGAAUGCCAUCUUGUUUGAGGCUAUCUCCCUCAUCAUCCACUAUGACAGUGAGCCAAACCUUCUGGUGCGAGCCUGUAACCAGCUUGGCCAGUUCCUGCAACACAGAGAGACCAAUCUGCGCUAUCUAGCUCUGGAAAGCAUGUGUACCCUGGCCAGCUCAGAGUUCUCCCAUGAAGCUGUCAAAACACACAUCGAGACGGUCAUCAACGCGCUCAAGACUGAGAGAGAUGUAAGUGUUCGACAGCGAGCGGCUGAUCUGCUGUAUGCCAUGUGUGAUCGCAGCAACGCUAAGCAGAUCGUAGCAGAGAUGCUCAGCUACCUGGAGACAGCAGACUAUUCCAUCAGAGAGGAGAUGGUGCUUAAAGUAGCCAUCCUAGCAGAAAAGUACGCUGUGGAUUACUCCUGGUACGUCGACACCAUUCUUAACCUCAUCCGCAUUGCUGGGGACUACGUCAGCGAGGAGGUGUGGUAUCGUGUCAUUCAGAUCGUGAUCAACCGAGACGAUGUGCAAGGCUAUGCUGCCAAGACCGUCUUUGAGGCUCUGCAAGCUCCGGCAUGCCAUGAGAACAUGGUGAAGGUUGGAGGCUACAUUCUGGGAGAGUUUGGGAACCUGAUUGCUGGGGACCCACGGUCCAGUCCUCUGGUCCAGUUCAACCUUCUCCACUCCAAGUUCCACCUGUGCUCUGUGCCGACUCGUGCCCUGCUUCUGUCGGCCUACAUCAAGUUUAUCAACCUGUUCCCAGAAACCAAGGCCACCAUCCAAGAGGUGUUGCGCUGCGACAGCCAGAUCCGUAACUCUGAUGUCGAGCUGCAGCAGCGAGCUGUUGAGUAUUUGAAGCUCUCCUCCAUCGCCAGCACAGAUGUCCUGGCCACUGUUUUGGAAGAGAUGCCUCCGUUCCCAGAGAGGGAGUCAUCAAUUCUAGCUAAACUGAAGAAGAAGAAGGGGCCAGGGGCAGUAUCUGUGACGGAGCUGGAAGACGGCAAAAGGGAGAGUGGCGAGUUGAAUGGCGGGGGCGAUCGGGGUCAGGAUGCAGCAGCCAUGGCUGCCUCUAAUGCAUCUACCCCAUCACCAUCAGCUGACCUGCUGGGGAUUCGUUCUUCGGCUCCAGUCAGUGCUGCUCCAGCCAGUGCUGGCAGUCUGCUGGUGGAUGUUUUUUCAGAGGCAGGACCUGCUGCGCCUUCUGGUGCAGUGAACGAUGAUGGCUUCCUCAGAGAUCUGGAUCAGCCCCCUGAGACCUCCGAUCCUCUUUUGGUCGAGGGUUCUGGUGACUCGGACUCUGCUCCUCCCUCUGAGGAUCCUGCUCCUCCUCUGUCUGAAGCAGAGGAGCUUCUUAACAAGUUUGUUUGCAAGAACAACGGGGUUCUGUUUGAGAAUCAGCUCCUGCAGAUUGGCAUCAAGUCAGAGUACCGACAGAACCUAGGGAGAAUGUACCUGUUCUACGGAAACAAGACCUCAGUGCAGUUUGCCAGCUUCACUACCACGGUCAACUGUCCUGGAGAGCUUCAGUCUCAGCUCAACGUUCAGAGCAAACCGGUGGAGCCACUAGUGGAGGGUGGAGCCCAAAUCCAACAGGUUCUGAACAUCGAGUGCCUGACUGACUUCUCUGAUGCCCCGCUUCUCAACAUUAAGUUCAGAUAUGGAGGAGCGCUGCAGAACCUGACUCUUAAACUUCCUGUCACCAUCAACAAGUUCUUCCAGCCAACUGAGAUGGCCUCUCAAGACUUCUUCCAACGCUGGAAACAGCUCAGCCAGCCUCAGCAAGAAGCACAAAAGAUAUUCAAGGCCAACCACGGCAUGGAUACUGAAGUAAUCAAGGCAAAGCUGCUGGGGUUAGGAAUGGCCCUACUGGACAAUGUUGACCCAAAUCCUGAGAAUUAUGUUUGUGCUGGAGUGAUCCAGACCAAGAGCCAGCAGGUGGGCUGCCUGCUAAGACUGGAGCCAAACGCACAGGCACAGAUGUAUCGUCUGACUCUGCGCUGCAGCAAAGACUCUGUGUCCAAGCGUCUGUGCGAGCUGCUGGCCCAACAGUUCUAGAGUCCAGACCGGGACCAGUACUCCUACCAUCCCCACCAGCGACCUCUCCCUCCAGCCCUCCUGCCACACCUGUCCUCCUGCCUCCAGCAAAGAGUCUUUGAGUAAAAAAGAAAAAAGGUGUAACCUACAUAAGGGAACGUGCAGCCGCUGCCUGCAGCUGCAGCAAUAUUAUUGUCAUUAUUCUUGUCCCGCAUUCUGAUUCCAGUUCAUCUUUUACUCGUUUAUUAACACAAUGCUACAAUCUUGUUUUUGAUGGUUUACCUGUGUAGCUGGUGUGUGUGUGUGUGUGUGUGUGUGUGUGGUCAGGAGUGUGAGUGUGUGUCCUGUGGUUGUGCUGGGGUCUCAUUCUGCUCAUCCUGACUUUAGUUGUGACUGCUGUGGAAAAGAUUUCAUUUGUGCAACAUUCCUUGAAGACAAAUGGGAGAAGCUAUUAGUCGCACACACCCACUCAAUACUACCCUGAUCUCCCACCACACACACACACACACACACACACACACACAUAUAUGUGUGAUUCCCUGUGGUCAGACCUGAGGGAUCAUCAAGCAUUCCUGCUGAUAAUGCACUUAACGUGUCGGGAUCCUCUUAGAGAGUUUUUGGCAUGCUCUCCUGUUCAUUCCCCUCAUGCAGCCCUGCUAUGAGUAACCCUUCAUCUCAGUCAGCUUGUGCACUUGUUCUUGUUGUUUAUGUAAAUAUGUGCCAGUGAAUCACUUUUGGACACAUUCCCUUUGUGCUUGCUAAGAAUGCCGGCGGUUACCUAAUCCAUGGCGCUCAGGUGGACUGCUGGCACAGAAUGGACGAUACGAGCAGAGCAGACGGCCACAGGGUUCACUCUGUCCUGUCCUGUCCUGUCCUGUCCUGUCCUGUCCCUUCCACGGCUGUGGACACGGCUCAGUGAACAGCUCGAAGAGGAAGUUUAUCACUUGUACACAUGG